UACCAUUUGCAGUCAUCUCGGCGUCAGGGUGCCGCUAUUGAAAUGCGGGAGACUCCCGGAACUUCCGGGAGACAUGGGAUAUACGUUAUAAUGGUAAAUGUGUGAAAAGGUAGUCUAUGUCAUAUGACCUACAGAGGCCCGUGAGUGAUGUACUGGAUCCGACUUUCGUUGGAUACCAUAUGCUUCGCAAGCGCCUUGAGCGUUUUGGUCGUGUCUGUGCGGUAGUUAGUUAGGUAGCUAGCUAGCUAGCUAGCUUUAUUACAGGUGAUGCAACGGGUGCGGCAGCUCUGGAUCGUUCACCAUUCUCAAGACUUAAACACAGGAAAAAUAAUGCAAGGAUGAUGGACCAGUGAGAAGCAACACAGGGCAACGGAGCAGCAUCUUGCCAGCGUGCAGACGGAGAUCAGGGGAGACAGACACACCCCUGCCAGUCCUUGUGCUUGGUGUCCGCUGCUCAUGUAGCUGCUCACUGUGGUAAUGGAGCAGAUCCACUGGGUCAGACACCGCUGGCAGCAGCUGGUUUCUGCUGAUUCUGGGCGAGGCUGGUACUCUUCCCCUGAAGCUGUGCGGACCAAGAGCUCUCCUGAAGCCCACAUGCUGACACACGAUCGUUUCACUGGUAAACGCAGAGUGGUUGUUGCCCGUCACGGACCUCUUCAGUCGGAAUACAAACUCAUUUCCAAGGGAUGCAAGGGCAACGGCAUCCGUACUACCAAGUACAACUUGCUGAGUUUUAUUCCUAUGAAUUUGUUCCAACAGUUCCACAGGGCAGCAAACCUGUACUUCCUGUUCAUAGUGAUGCUGAACUGGAUACCGGUGGUGGAGGCCUUUCAGAAGGAAAUCACCAUGAUCCCCCUGGUGGUGGUCCUUAUUGUCAUCGCAUUCAAAGACGCCCUGGAGGACUACAGACGCUACCGCUUUGAUAAGAUGGUCAACAACAACAUUGUCAGCGUCUACAGCGGGAGGAAACAGGCAUAUGUAGACCAACGAUGGCGGGAUGUUCGUGUGGGUGACUUUGUCCAUCUGUCUUGUAAUGAGAUCAUCCCUGCUGACAUGCUGCUCCUAUACUCAUCGGAUCCCCAUGGGGUGUGCUACAUCGAGACUGCUAACCUAGAUGGGGAGACAAACCUUAAGCAAAGACAGGUGGUCAGAGAUCUCCUGCAACAGGGAUCCGAGUUGGCUCCAGAGAGUUUCAACAGCCGUAUUGAGUGUGAAAUUCCCAACAACAACCUUGGCAGGUUCCGAGGUUACAUGGAGCUCCCUAAUAAGGCUCGGGUGGGCUUGCACAAUAGCAACCUUCUCCUGCGAAGCUGCACCAUUCGCAAUACAGAGACUGUGGUUGGCAUUGUGGUCUAUGCAGGGCACGAGACUAAAGCCAUGAUGAAUAACAGCGGCCCGCGGUACAAGCGUAGUAAACUGGAGCGGAGACUUAAUGUGGAUGUGAUGUGGUGUGUCCUGCUCCUCAUUGUUAUGUGCGUAACUGGGGCUGUAGGUCAUGGUCUUUGGCUCCAAAACUUGAAGGAUUCUCCGUACUUGAUCCCUGACCAUACCUCUCCAGCCUUGGCUGGUUUUUACCUCUUCUGGACAUUGAUUAUAGUGCUACAGGUGCUGAUCCCCAUCUCAUUGUAUGUGUCCAUUGAGAUUGUCAAACUGGGCCAGGUUUUCUUCAUCCAGAAUGACAUGGAUUUCUACAAUGACCAUCUGGACUCAAGAAUCCAGUGCCGAGCCCUGAACAUCACAGAGGACCUGGGACAGGUCCAGUAUGUGUUCUCUGAUAAGACUGGAACGCUGACUGAGAACAAGAUGGUGUUCCGCCGUUGCACCAUCUUUGGAGUAGAGUACCCCCAUGAAGAAAAUGCAAAGAGAUUGGAGUUGUAUGAGCCAGAAGAGGGUGAGGUGGGCCACUUGCUCACUCUGAAGUCCUGCAGCAGUGCAAAGUCUCUGAGCCGGCGCUCUCUCAGCUGCAAGAUCACAGGCCACGCUGAAGAGGAGGGUACGGACCAGCCCCCCAGCCCCACCAUGCCCUGCCACAGUGCCUUCAGUAGUCGUAUGGCAAAAGAUGUGAUCCCAGACCCUCUGCUCGUUCAGAAGCUUAACUGCCUGUCCGUGUCCCCCCUGAGAGACUGCUCAUCCCCCAGCCAAGAGCUCACCUACAUCGUGGAUUUCUUCCUGGCUCUGGCUAUCUGCAACACUGUUGUGGUGUCUUCUCCCACUCAACCACGCCAUAUGGUGCGGGUACCUGAAAUAUCCCACACCCCACUCACAUCUCUGGAGGACAUCAAGCUCAUGUUUCAGCGCUUUGGUCGUUCCCGCUUUUCUACUGCCUCAUCUCCCCAGGCCUCAGGUAGCCCCCGCGGCCUGGCCAGCAGGCUGUUUGCCAGGGGCAAGGCUGGGUCCACUCCCAGAGAAGACAGCAACCCAGAUCAGGAGCCAGACCUACUAGGACACAAGCCAGGGGUGGAUAGAACCUCUGGAGAGGAGGAGGACGAGGAAGGUGAUGGGAACACAGAGAACAAGGAAGGUGAACAGGAAUUAUCAAUGGUGUACAAUAACUUGUUGGUAAACCGGGGAGAGGGAAGGGACAGUCUGGAAGGCUGCACCGGAGGUCAUAAUCAACCCAAAGAGCAUGGCGUUGAAGACAACACUGUAGUGUACGAGGCCGAGAGUCCGGAUGAGGCUGCGCUGGUGCACGCUGCCAGAGCCUACCGCUGUACCCUGCAGGGACGCUCUCUAGAGCGCCUCCUGGUGGAUUUACCGGGGGUGGGCAGUUUAGAUGUGCAUCUGCUCCACAUCCUGCCCUUCGAUUCCACACGCAAGAGGAUGUCAGUGGUGGUCCAGCACCCACUCACAGGCCAGGUAGUGGUCUAUACUAAAGGAGCUGACUCUGUCAUCAUGGACCUGGCUGAGUUGACUACAGAUGCAGAGCAGGCAGACAGCAGGCAGGGCCACAUCAGAGAUCAAACUCAGAAGCACCUGGACAGCUAUGCAAGAGAAGGACUCCGCACACUCUGCAUUGCAAAAAGGGUUCUGGAGGAAGAGGAGUAUGAUAAUUGGUUAAAGCAUCAGCGUUUUGCGGAGACUAGCAUAGAAAACCGAGAGGAACUACUACUGGAAUCUGCCCAGAGACUGGAAUGCAAACUCACACUUUUGGGGGCAACUGGAAUUGUGGACAGACUCCAGGAGGAGGUCCCAGAGACCAUUGAGGCACUUCAGAAGGCAGGGGUCAGAAUAUGGGUCCUCACAGGGGACAAACAAGAGACUGCUAUAAAUAUUGCUUGCGCCUGCAAACUGUUGAGGCCCAGCGACCAACUGCUGACAGCUAACUGUGGUAGUAAAGAGGCAUGUGAGGCUUUGUUCCAAGAAUUGCUUGCGGAGGUUGAACACAAUCAGCUAACAUCAGAGGCGACUGGCUUCACAUUGGUCAUCAAUGGGUACACUCUAGAUUUGGUUCUGCAGGGCAAGCUAAAAGAGGAAUUCCUGGAACUCAGUAGGCAUUGCAAGGCUGUCAUCUGUUGCCGCUCCACCCCCUUGCAGAAGAGUCAGGUGGUACAACUCGUGAGGGACCAGCUGGGUGUCAUGACCCUAGCCAUAGGUGAUGGAGCCAAUGACGUCAGCAUGAUCCAGGUGGCAGAUGUGGGUGUUGGAAUAUCUGGCCAGGAGGGCAUGCAGGCUGUUAUGUCCAGUGACUUUGCAAUCUCCAGGUUCAAGCAUCUUCGUAAACUGAUGCUGGUUCAUGGCCACUGGUGCUACACACGCCUGGCCAACAUGGUCCUUUACUUUUUCUAUAAGAAUGUGAUGUACGUCAACUUGCUGUUCUACUACCAAUUCUUCUGUGGCUUUUCUGGAAGUGUCAUGACCAACUCCUGGGUCCUCAUCUUCUUCAACCUCCUCUUCACCUCAGCCCCUCCACUGCUGUACGGCAUCCUGGACAGGGAUGUGACUGCCAGCACCCUCAUCAAGUUACCACAACUUUACAAGUUCGGAAAUAAUUCCAUGGCCUACCAGUCUUCUACCUUCUGGCUCACAAUCCUGGAUGCUUUCUACCAAAGCCUUGUUUGCUUCUUUGUGCCUUACUUUGCAUAUGCAGGGUCAGAUGUAGACAUCCUUUCCUUUGGAUCACCCAUCAAUGCCUCUGCCCUCCUCAUCAUCUUGCUGCAUCAAGUACUCGAGAGCCACACACUGACAUGGUUACAUGGGUUGGUGCUAUUGGGCAGUGGUCUCUUCUAUUUCGGCUUCACCUUGGUCUUUAGCUGCCUGUGUGUGACGUGCAGUCCACCGACCAACCCCCUGGGAGUCGAAACGCUGCAAAUGUCCCAACCCCUUUUUUAUGCUGUGUGUACCCUCACCACAGUCCUUGCACUGCUACCAAGAAUGUUGCUCCAUGCCUUGCACAACACAAUAUCUCCCUCCAGUGCACUGGCUGCUGCUCAGUGGGACAAACUGAACCCAGAAGAAUACUGGAAAAGGAUGCAGCGCUGGAACCACACCCAGGCCAAGGCCAGAAGCCUUCAUGUGGACGACAUGGUCCUUCAGAACCCUGAUGCGGAACUCAUUACCCAGGAUCUUCAAGAGUGCAACACAAAUACUGGCCCAGUUGUCUCUUGAUGUCUUUGCCUUUGGCAAGGAGUGCAAAGCCUCUACAUUUCAGACAUUAAAAUUGUCCUUUCUCUAAGAUUGUCUGUUUGUUAUCACUGUGAAAGCACAUUGAUUAUAUACUGUGUUUCAAUGUGUCCAUGUAUCAAACCCUAAGAAGGUCCCUUUUGCUGCACUUUAUCGGAUAUUUUCUAAUCAGUUUUGGGUACCAGUUACCAAAGGCUUGGGUACAAGGCCUUGCUACAAAUAACUAGCUGGGAUGCCAGCUAGGAUGAGAAGCUUGUGAGUGUGGGAGAACAUGUAGAGGCUAUUCAGUACUGAGUUUCUUUUUCUCUCCAGAUUGGUUGCUGUGUAAUAAUUUGUGUUGAAUUUAACUCGUUUGAAAUAAUCUGUGGCUGGCCAUGGAAACAACAUAAUAGCACUCCACCUUCUCCCAGUCACUUCCUUCAGUUGGCUGUUCAUGGAAUUCUCCACUGCUGGGCUUAAACACAGUUACUGGUGCCUGUUAAACCAUAAAUCACAGAUGCUGUUAAUUAUACUGAAGUUACAAAGGAUCACUUAAAGCAAUACAUUUUUAUGAAAUUUUUCUUUUGUUUUUACUGUAUUCAAAUGAUAUCGGGUGUCCAAAUUGUGAUGUAAUUGGGGAAAACACUGACACUUGUAUGACAUGAACAAAUUCAACUCCAUAAAGAGCUGGGUUAACUCCAUAGGCCAUUUAUGAAAGCUAUUCUAACAGACUGAGGAAGGGGGUCUUCUAAACCUCUAAUUUGCACUGUUCUGAACAUGUUGCAUUGUUUGCAAAGUGUUUACAUUCCUUGAAAUGUGUACAAUGUAUCUACUUGCUGUACAAGUUGUCAUGAGUAUAGCUUUCAUAUAGAUUUUUUUCCACAACAUUGCAUCUAAAUGUGCUGAACUGUACUAUUAUGCAUUGUAUGUGCUCUGGCAUUAUGCUGAAAGAAAAAAAAACAUCUGUACAAGAACAGUAUUGUCAAGUUGACAGUGGUGUGAUGACAUUAAACAGUUUCUAAA